GAUUUUAUUGUGUGUAUCAGAGAAACAUGAGUCAUUCAUUCAUCACACAAUAGUAAUAUGUGUGCUCGCUUCGAAGUCAAUGCCCCUACACCGUGAAGGUGACACGGAGUUUACCAACUACAGUAAUCUGGUUCCAAGAAUUAUUUUUCAACGUAAACUUUUUAUGAAACACCACAUCUACGUCUUUGUCCGAGUAUUAUUAGUGGCUGUUGGUUGUUUUCUCGAGUGCGUCUUUCCCUCAUUUAUUGCUCGAUUAACUUGGUUGUUGGUUGAUAUUUUGAAAGUGUCUUUUGUGAUUUUGACAUGGAGACGGGCAAGGAUAAUCAUGAUGAUGACCCUCGUAAUAAUGCAUCAAGAAUCGACAUGUCUGGUCGUCAAACACACAAUUUGAGAGCAAGGAAUCGACUAGGGAGCAGAUACAUUGCACCAAUGGCAGACAAAGUGCGCCGCAAGCGGCCACAAAUGAAGAGCAUGACCAGACCUUUGAAACGAUGGUUAUAUGAGCACAAAGACUAUCCUUACCCGAAUCGAAAAGAGAAACUCAUUCUUUCAAUGGAAUCUACGAUGACAAUGGUACAGGUGUCUAAUUGGUUCGCUAACGCCCGCAGACGCCUCAAGAACACCGUUCAUGAUCCGAAAAUGUCAUGGGAGCAGCGAAUUCAUAAGUACAACAAACACGUGACAGGCAACGCUGAGAGGCUCAGCAUCAGUUCAUCAGACAGCUCCAUGGAUUCAUCAGAGGUAGAGGACAUUGACGAUGAAGAAUUCAACGGAAUGGAUGAGUCAGAUAACAAUAGUACUGUAAACUAUGCCCAGGAUGUUUCGGCGUCUUCUACUGAUCACCAGGACAUCCACGAAGAUGUUGAUGAGGUCAGUCAUCCAGAACUCGUACUGCAUGCACCGAUUCCUCAGAGUGCAUCUCACGGCAUCCAACAAAGACAAUCGUUACCCACUCACAAGUACAAACAUAGCAUCAUGCAACGCUACCUCAACGAUACAUAUCGCCAAGCUCAGAAGCUGCAGUUAGGAACAUUCACAGACUCCAUGAAUAGCUCACAGUCUUAUGUACCGGAGAACACUUUCAACGUUCCGGUAUACACAGAACGCCCCACUGGCAAAUUAUCUGGGCAGGAGUGGUCCAAGUUUAGGGUGUCGGGAUCAGUGGGCUCCCACGAGUAUGAACGCAUGUCAACGUCACCUGAAAAUACCUCGUCUUCUAGCAUUGGAAGUCAUCGCCAAAGACACUGCUCGGAAGAAUACUCUUUAACGUCAUCAUCUGAUGAUUGGACAUCUUUCCUCAAGGACACCAAAAGUACCGACUUCAAAAAUGAGGAGGAUGAAGAGGUGUACUGGCAAGAGAUAGUAGCAGCAGUCGCUCUUACCAACAUGGCGCGAUCACGACAGCUUGGGAAAUAACUCUGUGAACAAUG